AUGUUUAAGAAUACAUUUCAAAGCGGAUGCUUGUCCAUUUUAUACAGCAUUGGGAGCAAACCUCUGCAAAUCUGGGAUAAAGAGGUGAACAAUGGACAUAUAAAGCGGAUUACGGAUGAAGACAUCCAGUCGUUGGUGCUUGAGGUGGAAGGAGCCAAUGUCAACACGACCUACAUCACAUGCCCUGCAGAUCCACAGAAAUCCUUGGGCAUCAGACUUCCAUUCCUUGUUAUGGUCGUCAAGAAUCUGAAAAAAUAUUUCACAUUUGAAGUUCAGGUGUUGGAUGAUAAAAACUUGCGGCGGCGAUUCAGAGCCAGUAACUACCACAGCACUAUCCGGGUGAAGCCUUUCAUCUGUACCAUGCCAAUGCGGCUGGACAACGGCUGGAACCAGAUCCAGUUCAACCUGGCCGACUUCACACAGCGAGCUUAUGGCACCAACUACAUCGAGGCAUUGCGAGUUCAGAUCCACGCAAGCUGUCGCAUUAGAAGAGUGUACUUUUCUGAUCGGCUGUAUGGGGAGGAUGAGCUCCCGGCAGAUUUUAAACUCUAUUUGCCGGUACAAAACAAAGCAUAGAAAAAGAAGAUGGAAAAAAGAUUAACAUACGUUUCUUUGAAGAGACAGAAUAGCAAAAAAAAGAUG